AUGGAAAGAUUUAUUUACCUCUCAGCUUUCAUUUUAUUGAGUAUUUCAAGUGUGAAAGCUGGAUGCUCAGAAUGCAAGAAGAGUGAUCCACCGGGUGUGGAAGGGUUCCAUAAAGAUAAAACAGGAAACAGUUCCGCUGGUUGUUUGAUUCGUUUGCUCACUUGCAAUCAACCAAAUUAUGUGAUCUACAAAUCGCCUAGUGGCACCGUGGGUCAAGCUGAUCCAUCUUUAGUCCUCGUGUGUAAUGAGAAUACUCAAUGGGAGACUCGUGAUGAGAAAUGGAUUGUUGAUAGCGUCGAUUGCCACAGUACUACUGAAAUGCCAAAGCCAAAAGAAGCAUGUCAACUAGAUGGACCAAUUGUUGGACCAUGCAAAGCUGCUUUUCCCAGCUGGUACUUCGAUAAAGGAACCCGAAAGUGCAUAGAGUUCACCUAUGGAGGAUGUCAAGGGAAUGAGAAUCGUUGGAGGUCAAAAGAAACUUGUGAAAGAGAUUGUUUAGAUAAGAAU